GUGGUUGGGAAGGUUUCGUUUAAUUCGGGGGUAAAUGACGUCGGAUCGUUGUUUGUCUUGGGAGCUCGACUAACGAGGUGCCUUCCCGCCACGAUCAUGGACCGGAAAAAGAAGCCGCUGGACGUGACCGUCGCCUCGCUGGUAGACUUGAAAGCUGAACUUUUCCGGAAACAGGAAGAAUUCAAAAAAGAAAAACUUCUGAAAGAUGCUGGAGUUCCUAUAAAGCCUAAAGUAACAAACAAGAAGCCCAGUAUUUGGACUAAGCAAAACAAAGGUGUUUCCAAUCGAGCUGAGAAAGAUGCUGAGCAGAAGAUAGAAGAGCAACAAACAUUGGAUAAAUCAAAACAAAAACUGGAAGAGAAAGCACAACUGUAUGAGAAGAUGACCAAAGGAGACUUUCCAGAUGAAGAAACUGAAGAUUUGUACCUUGUGGAUUUCACCCAGAAGAUCAUAGACAAACAGAAAGAGAUACAGGAACUGGGUGCAAAUGAAGCUGCUAGAAAGGCCACAACAGAGAAUGGGAAAGAAGAGCAGCUUUCAGAAACAGAUAUUCCACCGCCUCAGGAUCCCAGUGAAGAAUGGGUUGAUUAUGUGGAUUCCUUAGGACGAUCUAGACGUUGCAUGAAGAAAGAUUUGCCACAUUUGCUUCAAAUGGAUAAAGAGCUUCGGGGGAAGAGGCAGAUGACUGAAGAGAAGACUCUGUUGUCUGAUGACAUGAAAAGGGAGCUUAAACGUCAGGAGUGGGAAAGAGAGGAAGAAGAAGCCCUAAAGAAACCUAUGGGCCCUAUACAUUAUGAGGACAUUCGAGAACAUGAGGCCAGGCAACUUGGUGUUGGUUACUUUGCCUUCUCCCGUGAUCAAACUUUGAGGAAAAAACAGAUGGAAACUUUAGAAAUGCUAAGAGAGCAGACCACAGAUCAGAGAACAAAGCGUGAGCAUUUAAAGGAGAAGCGUAAGGCCAUUCUGGAGGCGAGGCUGUCAAAGCUUAGAGCAAAGAUGCGAUUAAAAAAUGGUGAUACCAAUGAAAAUGGAGCAGAGGAAGAAGCUGUUGAGCCAGUACCCAGUGAGCCCAAACCUGCCAAAGAGCCAAGAGUUUCGACAGAAAGUCGAAAGGUGGAAGUUGUCAUUCAGGAAAGAAAAGAUACAAAGCCUGGAGUACCUUAUGUUCGAGAGUGGGAUAAAGGGAAAGAAUUCACAUUUGGAAUGUGGUCAAAGAAGCAGUCCGAACUCAGAAAUGAAAGAGAUCCAGAAUUUGCACCACCUCCCGCUUACUUUGUGGGUCAAAAGAGAGUUUUUAAGAGCAAAGGCCAGAAUUGGAACAAGCUUGGAUACUCCUGUGAAAGAACAGAACAGAAUCCAAUAGGGAACGAGCCAUCAUCCUCAACAGAGACUCUCAGCAGCAGCUCACAAAGCGAUCAGUUCCAAACCAGUCAGACCUAUGACAGUGGCACCCAAAACCAAACGCCAGCUUACCAGAGUUUAGAUGAUAUGCUGUCGUACUAUAAACAAGUAACAUGAUCUUUAUUGUAUUUGCUGUAAUGAAGGUCAGUAGUUUACCAAUGAAUUCAAGGACUCUGUUUUGGGUUCUAACACUUGGUUUUGGUUACAGCUCAAGAGAAGACAUCUUCAUGAGAGAGAGAUCCCGUGUUUUAUAGUAUCAGUCUUACUGCAACAACCAUUCUGUUUCUGUCACUUCUAAUAUUAAAGGUUUCUGUUUCAAAAGUGACAUUAUAUUUAUGCCAUUUUUUGUGAAAAUAAUAAUAAAAAUGCAUUGCCCUCACUGUUUGUCUCACCACAGAUACUUCAGCUGGGAUUCGAGACUCUGAGUGGGUUCCAAGAAAUUAUUUCCAUGAUACUCAAGGCCUUGGACAUGACUCGUGUUAAUUUUUUCUUUCUUAUUUAUGAAAGAGAGAGCUCCAUAUACUGUAGGGUGUGUGUUAUCAACAUGAACAAUUAACGAAAAAUUUAAUUUAUUGAAAUUUGUGAUUAGGUGUGUGCUGAGUCAUUUUUUGGGCUGCAAAUUCCAGAAUUCUCUAAGAAUUCCCCAGGCAGAAAUCUGGGGGUUGCAGUCAGAAAACAAACAUUUACGCACCUCUAGUCUUCAUGUACUCCUCCACCCUGGCUGCCACCAGCAGUGCCUCGCCCUCUCUCCAAGAGUCUUUUCAAAUGCAGUGUCUGCCAGUCCUGCAGCCUGGCCCCAAUUGUCAUUGGCUGCUCCAAAGUGAGGAUGGUGGAGAGCUCAGCCCACCCUUUCUGCUUGAGAGUGGCCCAUCAGUGGAAUGUUUGGUGGUCUUUUCAUCCUGUACCCUGCCACAGCUGGCAUCUCUCCAUAACUAGCAUAUAGUAGGUAGAUCUCUCUCAGGCAGCUUCCACUUCAACUACAAGAGCAUUUGAGGUAAGAAUCAAAUGGUUUGGGAUCUGCCUUUCAUGGCAUGUAUGCCCUCUCAGGUCUAAACAGCACCCCAGGGUGGUGGCAGUAGUAGUCGUCGAAGUGAUGGUGGCAAUAGUAGCAGCAACACCCAAAAGCUAUAAAUGUGUAGAUUUAGUUUUCUGUGACUGCAGCUCCCGGAUUCUGCAUGGGGAAUUAUUGGGAAAUUCAAAUCUGGGAAUUCCAGUCCAUUUCUAUGAGGUGUUGCCUGGAGAUUUUUAGAUAUUUCAGUCCACAAGUUUGCACAUGUCUGCACAUAAUGAAUUAAGGGUGAAAAUUGAUUAUUUUUUAGUUGUUUAAAUGUUUUAGAUUAAUUUUGUCCAAAUUGUCCUUGAGAAUACAAAAUUAGUUUUCCAGUUUCUUGGAUCAUAUUUUUAUGUUUUUGUCUAUUGGACAAGCUUAUCUCUUCGGUCGAAAAUAAAUUUAGAAGUAGUGUCUUGUUGUGUGAGUUAUAAUACUUGAAAGGUUGCCAUGCAGAGGAUAGGAUCUGUUCUCAAUCAUACCAGAGUGCAGGACAAGGAAAUAAUGUGCUCAAGUUACAGGAACCUAGAUUUCAGUUUAACAUCAGGAAAAAUUCCUGUUAGAGCAGUACAACAGGAAUUCGACUAGAUAGGAGGGGUAUAAAUACCACAAACAAAC